AAUAAUUUUUGCCAGUCAGUGCUCCAACUGUCGAGCUGCCUUAUAAACUCGUGUAGCCGCUAAUGAGCCUCUGCGCUGCAGUUUGUCGCGUUGCCGAUCCAAUCAACCUUCAUCUAUUUUUUCUUUCCCCUUGCCGUCUUGUCGCGUGUGCCUCCCUGCGGUAUUCAGGAUAAAUAAUUUCAGUCGAUCAGGCCAGUGAAAAACGCAUGUACAACGAGCGAUAAGCGGACAGUAUGUCGAGCGGUCGUUUAGCGUUUACACGGAUAAUCGGUGAUCCAAGAAUGUCCUCGACCAACAGGUUAUUGUCAAACUCGGUUCGUCCCGGUGUCAAGGAGGACAACGGCAAUGGCACCAAGGCUUCUACCUGGAAGUCUGACCCCAUCAGUCACAGGUUACAGUACCGAGGCGAAGGAAACAAGGCCAAGAAUCAAAGCUCCAGUCCAGGUGAAAGCAAGUGCAACAUGAGCAGCAAGUAUUUACAGCGCGAUCAGCUGGGACAGCGUCCAAUGAACGACAGCGAAUCGCCCAAUCUCGCCCGAGGAUUGGACCAUCUGCGCAAUCCCCGAAUCAACAAGGGCAUGGCCUUUACGAUCGAGGAGCGCCAGACAUUGGGCAUUCACGGACUCUUGCCUGCGGCCGUUAAGACGCAGGACGAACAAUUGGAGCUCUGCAAGCUGAAUCUCGAUCGUUACACCGACGACUUGUCCAAAUACAUUUACCUCACUGGCCUACUCGAUCGCAACGAAAAAUUAUUUUACCGGCUACUCAGCUCGGACGUGGAAAAAAUGAUGCCACUCGUUUACACGCCCACGGUCGGCUUGGCCUGUCAGAAAUUCGGCCUGAUCUAUCGGCGGCCGCGAGGCCUCUUCAUCAGCUACCACGACAAGGGCCACGUGUACGACGUGCUGAAGAACUGGCCAGAGCACGACGUGCGCGCCAUAGUCGUGACCGACGGCGAGCGCAUCCUCGGCUUGGGCGACUUGGGGGCCCAGGGCAUGGGUAUCCCCAUCGGCAAACUGUCGCUCUACACCGCCCUGGCCGGCAUCAAGCCCCACCAGUGCCUGCCGAUCACGCUGGACGUCGGCACCAACAAUCAGGCCUUCCUCGAUGAUCCUCUGUACAUCGGCUUGAGGCAGAAACGCGUCACCGGAGCCAAGUACGACGAGUUCUUGGACGAGUUCAUGAAGGCCGCGGUCAAGCGUUUCGGUCAGAGCUGUCUCAUCCAGUUCGAGGACUUCGGCAACAGCAACGCCUUCAGGCUGCUCAACAAGUAUCGCAACCACUACUGCACCUUCAACGACGACAUUCAGGGCACCGCCAGCGUGGCCGUGGCCGGGCUCAUUGCCUCGCUGAGGCUCACCAAUACCAGACUGUCCGACAACACCAUCGUGUUCCAAGGCGCUGGCGAGGCGGCCCUCGGUAUAGCGUGGCUUUGCGUCAUGGCCAUGAAGAAAGACGGCGUCAGCGAGAAGGAAGCCAAGAGCCGCAUCUGGAUGGUCGACUCCAAGGGGCUCAUCGUGAAAAAUCGUCCCAAGGGCGGCAUAACCGAGCACAAGGCCGACUUCGCCCGGGAUCACGAGCCCGUUGACUCCCUGGCCGAAGUCGUGCGCCUCGCCAAGCCGUCGGUACUCAUCGGAGCCGCUGCGAUCGGUGGCGCCUUCACCACAGAAAUACUCCAGGAGAUGGGCAAAAACAACGCCAGACCCAUCAUCUUUGCCCUGAGCAACCCUACGAGCAAAGCCGAGUGCACCGCCGAGCAGGCCUACACCGCCACAGAAGGACGAGCAAUAUUUGCCAGUGGAUCGCCAUUCGAACCCUUUAACUUUGGCGGUAAAACUCUCUAUCCGGGACAAGGCAACAACAGCUACAUUUUCCCAGGUGUUGCUCUGGGAGCCAUCACCGCAGGAAUGAAAACCAUACCGGAAGAGUCAUUCUUGCAAGCGGCUCAAACACUGGCUGAACUCGUGACCGACGAGGAUCUCGAACGUGGCACCCUUUAUCCACCGCUCAAAGACAUUCAGAUGUGCUCGAUCAAGAUUGCAGUUAAACUUAUGGACUAUGCUUAUGCCAAUUCUUUGGCAACUGUGCAUCCAGAACCAAACAAUUACGAGGACUUCAUAAGAGAUCAGCUCUACGACACGACUUAUACAUCCUCCAUACCAGCUGUCUAUCCUUGGCCUAAGAUGUAAUUCUGAACUUGAGAAGUUGCAGAAACACGACGGAUGACUUUGUGUCAUACAUAAACUAGGAAGAAUCGAGGCUUGAAUAACCUGUUGAUCGAGUUGAUCAAGCUUCCUGGAUCACUGUGGCGCGGGAUCAAAUUCUUUGUCCUGAUGACUGGCACUAGAUUUUAUCCUUAUUUUUACAUUAUAAUUCUAUUUUUUGUUUACACACUUUACUUGGAUUUUUCGAGGAUCAGAUAUUAUUUUUAACUUAUUUAUGGAUGGUAUACCAUCUUUUUAUAUGCGUCAUACUCGUACGCACUUUAAAUAUUUUUAAGAAAAGUUUCUAGAAAAUUAUGCGCAAAGCUGAAUCUUUAUGAUUCAUUUAGCAUCUAAUUGAGUUUGAUAAGACCAAAGUAUGUUAUGAAUAUAGUUGAAGUAAUCAAAUUAUUCAUCUAUCGUAAUACUUAACGGAUAAUUAACUUUUAACUUUAUAGCAAAUGUUAUAUCAACCGCUAUGAAUGUACCGUUUGUAAAAUCUAUUAUCACACUGUUUUUAAAUUCAUUUUCAUCCGGACUAUUAUUAUAAUAAUAUUUUAUCAAUCAACGUUUUCGACAUCUGGCAUUUGUAAAAAAAAAAGUAUAGAACUUAAAUUUUCUAAAGCACAUGAAUAACCGUUUAAAUCAAACAAUGAUGUACGUUUCAAAAAAUGUUGAAAGUAUUAUUUAUAAAUAAAUUAAAAUCAUUAUUUCAA